AUGCACUUCAAUAUCCCCUGCUAUGGUGAAGAUGGCUAUUCUGUGUCUAUACCUCAAGUGCGUACUGGCAGAACUUUGAAUGUUGGCAGUAUGACUGGUAAAGAGAGAGAGUUAGCAGAUAUGAUGGAGAGAAGGAAGGUUGAUAUAUUGUGCAUGCAAGAGACUAAAUGGAAGGGGAGUAAGGCCAGGUGGAUCGGAGGUGGAUUCAAAUUGUUCUAUCAUGGUGUGGAUGGGAGGAGAAAUGGAGUAGGGGUUAUUCUGAAGGAACAGUAUGUCAAGAGUGUUUUGGAGGUGAAAAGAGUGUCAGACAGAGUAAUGAUUAUGAAGCUGGAAAUUGGAGGUGUGAUGAUGAAUGUUGUUAGUGUAUAUGCACCGCAAGUUGGGUGUGCAAUGGGUGAGAAAGAAGAUUUUUGGAGUGAGUUGGAUGAAGUGAAAAAGAGAGUGCAGGCAGGGUGGAAUGGGUGGAGAAGAGUGUCAGGAGUAAUUUGUGACAGACGGGUAUCAGCAAGAGUAAAAGGGAAAGUCUACAGGACGGUAGUGAGACCAGCUAUGUUAUAUGGGUUGGAGAUGGUGGCACUGACCAGAAAGCAGGAGACAGAGCUGGAGGUGGCAGAGUUAAAGAUACUAAGAUUUACAUUGGGUGUGACAAGAAUGAACAGGAUUAGAAAUGAGUACAUUAGAGGGUCAGCUCAAGUUGGACGGUUGGGAGACAAAGUCAGAGAGGCGAGAUUGCAUUCGUUUGGACAUGUGCAG